AUGUCUACAAACAGAGAACAGGUGUUUCCCACACGUAUGACCCUAGGGUUGAUGAAAUCUAAGUUGAAAGGUGCCAACCAAGGUCAUUCUUUAUUGAAAAGAAAGUCAGAAGCUCUUACUAAAAGAUUUAGGGAUAUUACAAAUAGAAUUAAUGAAUCUAAACAUAGAAUGGGAACUGUAAUGCAAACGGCAUCUUUCUCAUUGGCCGAAGUUACUUACGCUAUAGGGGAAAACAUUGCUUAUCAGGUACAGGAAAGUGUAUCUAAUGCUAGAUUUAAGGUGGGUGCUCGCCAGGAAAACGUCAGUGGUGUCUAUUUACCUCAAUUCGAGUCGUCUAUUGAUUCUGGAAUCAAUGACUUCAAAUUAACCGGGUUGGGUAGAGGUGGACAGCAGGUUAACCGUGCAAAAAAUGUCUAUACUAAAGUUGUCGAGUCGCUUGUUCAACUAGCGUCUCUUCAAACGGCAUUUAUUAUUUUAGAUGAAGUCAUUAAGGUAACGAAUCGCAGAGUGAACGCAAUCGAACAUGUUAUCAUUCCUAGGACCGAGAACACAAUCGCGUACAUCAACUCGGAACUUGAUGAAUUAGAUAGGGAGGAGUUUUAUCGUUUGAAGAAGUUCCAGGAGAUGAAGCAGAAAAAAGCUGCUGAACCCACCACAGUAAACGAGCAAUUUGAUACAGAUGCCAGCACCAUAUCUAGUAGCCAGGACUUAGUGACAGCUGAGGAAGACGAUGUGAUUUUUUGA